CGUCCGUCUCCACGUCUUCCCUGCGGGUCCUGGGAUUCAAGAAGACAUCGCACUGGAAAAUAUGCUGUUCUGCCAUUCCCAGCCUGAGUCCUACCACCAGAACUCGGCUAGUUAUAUCAGAGAGGCCUUGGCGCCUUUCUUGAAAAACGAAGAGGCCAGGCUUAUGGCUGAGAAUGAAGUCAAGAGGACCCCGUUCCAGUACGUUCUGUGUGCAGCCACCUCGCCGGCUGUGAAACAGCAGGAGGAGACCCUCACUUAUCUCAACCAAGGUCAGUCCUACGAAAUCCGUAUGCUUAACAGAAAACUAGUGGAGUAUACAGAUAUAAGCAGCAAAUAUGUAAAGAGCAUUGUGCGUGUGGUAUUUCAUGACCGCCGACUGCAGUACAUGGAGCACCAGCAGCUGGAAGGAUGGAGGUGGAACAGACCUGGAGACCGAAUCCUGGAUAUAGAUAUCCCUCUGUCGGUGGGGAUACUGGAGCCCCGUUCACACCCUCUGCACCACAACACCAUUGAGUUCCUCUGGGAUCCUGUCAAGACUGCUUCAGUUUUCAUCCAGGUCAACUGCAUCAGCACUGAGUUCACCCCCAGGAAACAUGGCGGGGAGAAGGGGGUGCCCUUUCGUAUCCAGGUCGACACGUUCACCACCAAUGAACACGGGGAGUACAUGGAGCACGUCCAUUCCUCCAGCUGCCAGGUCAAAGUCUUCAAGCCUAAAGGAGCUGAUCGCAAACUGAAGACAGACAAGGAAAAGAUUGAUAAAAAGAGCCUUCAAGACAGAGAGAAGUAUCAACUGUCCCAUGACACCACCCUGCUGAAAGAGUGCUCCCCGUGGCCUGAUGCCUUAAAUCUCACCACCCACAGCAGUUGCAGCACUCCCUCACCAGUUUACCACAGCUCACCAACUUCCUGUACUUUCACAGAUGGCAACUGUUCUCCAAACCAGCAAGGGGAGCUGCUCGUGCCCGGCUGCUCAGAUCACCUUCUGCCAUCGUCCUCGCCACAGAACACUCAGCAGUGGCUACACCGUCACAGGUUCUCGCCUUUCUCAAGGCUCUUCUCCAGCUUCUCAGGUGCUGAUCUGUUGAGGAUGAGCAGGGAGGAUCUGAUCCAGAUAUGUGGCCCAGCAGACGGCAUUCGCCUCUUUAAUACCAUGAAAGGAAGGUGUAUACAGCCCCGUCUUACCAUCUAUGUGUGUCAGCAGCAGGCAAGAAAUCAACCUCCCACCAAGCCAGGGGGUGGAGACGUCUACCAUGCUCUGUACCUGGAGGAGCUGACACUGUCGGACCUGUCUGAAAAGAUCGCCAUGCUGUACAGCAUCACUCCACAGCAGAUUACACGCAUCUACAGACAAAAACCCACCGGGAUCCACGUCUUAGUCUCUGACGAGAUGGUGCAGAACUUCAGGGAGGAAACAAGCUUCACCAUCAGCACUAUAAGGGAUGAAAACACAGAUGGCUACCACGUCGUGUUGAAAUGAGCAGCAGGUUCUCAGGAGGCGGUUAAAUCGGCGCAGUUGUACAGAUUGUAUAUAAAUCCUUCUAGACUACAGUAAGAUUUACAGCACAGUGAACUGCUGUUAAGCUUUCACUUGACUUCUGAUCCUGUGUUUUUGCUUAGUUUUCUUUAAUUUUCUGGUUUUAUUUGUAUUUUUGUUAAGUUACUGAUUCGUGUUUGAUAUGCUUUGUAAUUAGCGGUGAACGGUGGCGCACUACUCAUUCACGUGUGCGUGCAUUUUUGGCUUAGACACCUAUAAAUGCAACUUCAUGACUGUCAUGGUAAUAAGGCGAAGGAAACGUCACACAUCAUCAUGCAGACAAAUAGAAAAGACAAAUGAACAAAGCUGUUUGAUGCCGUUUUAAUGAGAAUCCUGACCUGACAGUGUCCCUGCUCGAUGUUUAUGUUCAUGUCCCUGAUAAUGAAAUGCUGUGAUGAGCCACACGAGGUGUCUGGUUUUGUUCCUAUAAGGCUGAAUAUUUUCUCGAUGAAUGUGAAAGCAGACGGUUUAAACAGGGGCA